AUGGCGAUGAAGCAUCUCGCGGUGGUGCGCCUGCGCCGCGGAAAUCCCAAGUUCUGUGCCUCUCGUGCUCGUCCUCCCGCCGCUGCUCAUCGUCCGCCUUUUGCUCUUCCUCCCCCCCCUCGCACACCCUCUCACCGUUCCCCACUAAUCUUCUCCUCCGCUCUUCUCUCCUGUUCUCCUCCUCCACCUGAUUGCGUCCAUCCCCUGGAGGGUGCCUCUCGUGCUGGUUCUCCUGUCGCUGCUCUUCGACCGUCCCUUGCUCUUCCUCUCCCCCUUGCCCACCCUCUCAUUCAACUACUUACUAAUUCCUUCCUUUGUUCUGGCCUCCCCAUGCUCUUCCUCCAGCUGCUUACUUCUAUCCCGUGGGGGGUGCCACUCGUGCUGGUUCUCCUGCCGCUGCUCUUCGAUCGCCCAUUUCUCUUCCUCUCCCUCUCGGCGCUUGUGGUUCUCACACCCACCCUCCGAAGCACGCUCGGCCCGCCGUUCCUGGAGCUAGGCUCGGCGCUCCUGGAGCUCUCGGUUCGGCCGAUCGUGAACGAGAAGGAGUUGCAGGGUCGGAAAGAGAGACGGCAGCAGACUCAGGAACAGCAGCAGGGGCAGCAGGGGCAGUGGUCUCAGUUCCAGAGCAGUAAUUCUCUAAGGAGGAAGGAACCACAGGUUUGGGAUGACACUCUGGGCCCAGGUUUGGGGAUUGGGAGUGGCCCGACGCUUGGUUCGGGGAUUGCAUCGGAGGCAUGGGAGUGGGUUCGGUACCAGCUGGACGUGAUCCGUGGGGAGAUUGACCCUGGGAGUCCCGAGAGAGUGGGGAAGGAGAGCAGGGAAGGGGGUGGUGAGGGUAGGGGUUUCCGUAGCACGGAGGAGAAUUGGAGAGACAGAGAGCAGUGGGCACUGCAGCAACAGCAGCAGCAAUGGCAGGAAUGGGAAAGGCAAAGGGGAGCUGAACCAGAGGACAGGGGUUACAGGAGGAGUGGGAGCUGGCAAUUUUCAGGCGAUGGGGAAUGGUUGGAUGAGAGGAGGUUGCAGGAGGGCGAUACCAGGCAGCGGGCUGGUGGGGCUGUGGUGGGAGGCGAGGAUCGGUAUGGGAGGGUGGAGCAGCAAGGGUGGGAAGGGAGGGUGCGAAGAGGUGAUACUGGGCAGGGGGAAAUGAAGUCGGAGGAGGGUUGGAGUGGUAAUGAGAAAAUAACUGGGAGUUGCGAUCGCACAGCCAUGGUUUCCGCCUUGCGACUUCCCGCCUCGCACGUCGCAUCCGUCGCGUCUUCAGCCGCUGAUUCGUCGAAUUCCCGCCUCCGAUCGGCGUCUUCUAGCAUCGCCUCGCCAGCGACCUUCGCACCUCUCCGCGCCCUUCUCCCCAUUUCCCGCUCGCCAUCUCGAUCUUGCCUCGGGGAUCGCCAGUCUUUCCGAGCGAUGGCGACAGAACCAGCAGCGACCCCCGGUGCUGCGAAGAGCAGCGAAAUUCUUCCUGGCGAGCCGUUACCAGAGGGUUACGAAAAGAUGGAUCCGUAUUCGCUGAUCCCGGCGAGGCGAUGCGGCGUGCUGGUGCAUCCCACGUCGCUGCCCGGUCCGCAUGGCAUCGGCGACUUGGGUCCCGGCGCGUUCAGGUUCCUGGACUGGCUCGAAUCAACGGGAUGCACAAUCUGGCAGGUGCUGCCCCUGGUGCCACCCGGACGGAAGUCAGGCGAAGACGGCAGUCCCUAUGCUGGCCAGGACGCCAACUGCGGCAACACAUUGCUGCUCUCCCUCGAUCUGCUCGUGCAAGAUGGUCUCCUCGACCAAUCCGACCUGCCCCCCACGCGCCCGGUACAGCGAGUGGACUACAAGCAAGUGAUCAGUGACAAGGACCCAGCGGUUGCCAAGGCGGCCACGGCAUUGGUGCGGAGCACGGGAGAGCUCAAGGCGGAGUUUGACGCCUUCAGGCAAUCCCCCAACAUCUCCGCAUGGUUGGAGGAAGCAGCGCUGUUCAGCGCGAUAGACAGCGAGCAGGGGGUGGAGUUCUGGUGGUUGUGGCCCAAGGAGCUCAGGGACAGAGAGCCACAGGCCUUGGCUGCUGCGAGGGAGAGGCACAGAGAAUACAUUGACGAGUUUGCGGCACAGCAAUUCCUAUUCCAGCGGCAGUGGCAGGCGCUGCAUCGGUACGCCAACAGCAAGGGCAUCAGCAUCAUGGGGGACAUGCCCAUCUACGUGGGCGGGCACAGUGCUGACGUGUGGGCCAACCCGGAACAAUUCAUGCUGGACCCCGAGACCCGCCAGCCCACAUUCGUGAGUGGCGUGCCGCCCGAUGCCUUCAGCGCUACAGGCCAGCUGUGGGGCAGCCCGCUGUACAACUGGCAGGCCAUGGCUAAGGAUGGGUAUGCGUGGUGGGCGAAGCGCAUGAGGAGGGCGUUUGACCUGUACGAUGAGUUCCGCAUCGACCACUUCAGGGGGCUGGCGGGGUAUUGGAGCAUUCCGGCUGACUCAGAGACCGCCAUGAACGGCCGCUGGAUGAUGGGCCCGCGCAAGGAGUUCUUUGAGGCGAUUCGCAAGGCGGUGGACAAGCCCAUCGACAUCGUGGCAGAGGACCUGGGUGUGAUUACAGUGGACGUGGUUGAUCUUCGCCGUGAAAUAGGCGCUCCUGGCAUGGCAGUGCUGCAGUUUGCGUUUGGCAGUGAUGCCAAGAACCCUCACCUGCCGCACAACCAGGAGCAGAACCAAGUGGUGUACCCCGGCACUCAUGACAACGACACGGUCGUUGGUUGGUGGGAGAGAAUCCCCGAGUGGGAGAAGAAUAAUGUGCGCGUGCUUCUGGGCCUGUCGCCGCAGGACGAGGAGGAGAUCCAGUGGGCGAUCAUCCGGGCGGCGGUGUCGUCUGUAGCGCGCACCACCGUGAUUGCACUGCAGGACGUGAUGGGGCUUGACAACAGCGCUCGCAUGAACGUGCCGGCUGUGCAGGCGGGCCAGUGGGGGUGGAGGGCGGGCGAGUCAGACUUAUUUGACUCGCUUGACGGGGAGGCAGCGAGGCUGAGAAUGCUGCUCGUGGCGUUCAACCGCGCAGCACCGCUGCCGGGAAACUGGGCCCCCUUCUGGCGCUUCCUGCAGCGCCGCCAGUCCGCUCUCUUCGCCCCGUCUCCCCCCCCUGCCGACAAGUGA